AUGUUGCAUAAUAUGUAUUUUCCAAGAAUGAUAUUUUACAUAUUGAAGGUGAUUAUUUGUUCUCCUUCUAGAGAAUAUUUAGUGUGUCAAGGUAAGUCCUCUACCCCUGUGACUAAAGAAGACCUUGGAAGGGCUACAUGGACUUUUCUUCACACUCUUGCUGCUCAGUAUCCAGACAAUCCUACAAGACAACAGAAGAAGGAUGUAAAAGAACUGGUACAGAUCUUGUCUCGAAUGUACCCUUGCAGUGAAUGUGCAAAUCACUUUAAAGAAGUUCUUAGAUCAAAUCCUGUACAGUCGGGGUCACAUGCUGAAUUUUCUCAGUGGCUAUGUCAUGUGCAUAAUGUUGUCAAUAGAAGCAUCGGCAAACCAGUAUUUCCUUGUGAACGAGUUGAUGCAAGGUGGGGAAAACUCGAGUGUGAGCAGAAAGCAUGCGAGAUUAUUGGAAGUACAUCAAUUUUUGGGAAGAUAUAAUAAAAAAAUAUUUUAACUUUAGGGAAAUUAUUAUACCACACAAGCUAUGCAUUGAAAUAUAACUGUUUAAUACAUCUUUUUUUAUAGGACAAGAUUGUUAUCUUCUGACUUUAUACCAGAGAAUGCAAAUAAAUUAUGUUAGUCUCUUGUAUUCAACAAUAUAAGCUUUGUUUAGUCUAUAAAGUUUGGAAUAUAUUAAUUUUACUUUCUAUAA